ACCUUCUUCUGCGUUUUGUGCCAACUAAAAACAGACAAUAAAGCAGCACGGCGGAACAACGAGGGAGAUAGAGAGAGAGAAAGGCUUUUCUUCUUCGUCUCGAUCUCCACUUCUUCGAUGAAUCGCCUGCAUCUGCAUUUUAGACUUUAACGGUAAACCAAAAUCUCAAUCUCCGUUCUUGAAAUGAUGACUGUUCCUCAAAGAUUCUCCUUUGCUGGGUAACGUUUGGCACAGUAUCUUCCAAUUUGUCGAAACAAUGUGGAGCUUUGCGUCGAAUGUAAUCGGCAGCAUAGGCCUAAAGAAAGAUCCUCCUCAACCCUCCUCAGACGACGACGACGACGACGAGGUCUCAAAUGUCAGCAGAGACGACGACGAAGAAGAAGAACAAGGACUAGACUGUCCCAUUUGCUUUGAAUCCUUCAACAUCGUCGAGAACGUUCCUUACGUCUUAUGGUGCGGCCACACUCUUUGCCAGAACUGCGUCUUUGCCCUCCAGCCUGCUGUCUUGAGACUCUCCACCCAAGACAUCAAAGUCCCCUUCUUCGUCUCCUGCCCUUGGUGUCAGCUGCUUUCGGUCAGGGUUGUCUACAACGGUGUCCUCAAGUUCCCUAAGAAGAACUUCUUCCUUCUCUGGAUGGUUGAGAGUAUGAACGGUGACAGGACACGUCAUGGAGGUUCGUUGGUCGGUAGUGAUAACCACCAGUACUGCAGCAGCAGCAGCAGCAGCAGCAACAGUAAUCUGAUCCCAAGGCCUGUUGUUGUGCAUCAACCAAGCAGCAGACAGCAGUUCUCGUUCCACAAGUCUCUUGAUUUCUUCAUCUCCUUCACCUCCAAGUUUCCGUUUGUGAUCGUUUUCCUGCUGAUAGUGUUCUUUGCUAUACCUGGUAGCCUCGUCAUUCUUGCUCUUUACUUCCUCCUCACGAUUCUUCUAGCGGUUCCUUCUGGUUUGGUGCUGUAUUUUGCGUACCCUAUUCUGGAAAGGUUGGUUAAUGAAAUAACUUCAUGAGAAUGAUGAUACUCUGACCCUCAUUCUCUGUGGUGCAAGCCUUUUUUUUUGGAGUCUUUGAAACUUUUUUGGUAUUGUUAUUGAUUGCAAGUUUGGGAAUUGUGAUUUUGAGUUUUGAUUCUGUUAUGCAACUUUUUCUGAAGUUUUGGUUUGCAGAUGUUGUGUUUUAAUUGAUGAUUGGUCAUGUGUGUUAAUGUCUCUAAAAUUGUAUAAAUAAACACAUUAAUUGUGUGUCUU